AUGAAAAGAGGAAGAGGAGGAGCCGGCGGAAGCAAAAUGCGCACCACUUUGGGUCUACCAGUGGGAGCAAUCAUAAAUUGUUGUGAUAAUUCCGGCGGAAAAAAUUUAUACAUUAUUGCAGUAAAGGGGUUCGGCGCUUGCUUAAAUCGCCUUCCUGCAGCUUCUGUUGGAGACAUGGUUUUAGCCACGGUGAAGAAAGGCAAACCGGAUCUGAGAAAGAAGGUAUUGCAGGCUGUUGUUGUUAGACAAAGAAAGGCUUGGAGAAGACGCGAAGGCCAUUUUAUUCAUUUUGAAGACAACGCCGGUGUCAUUGUCAAUCCGAAAGGAGAAAUGAAAGGCUCGGCCAUUACUGGACCCAUUGCAAAAGAAUGUGCUGAGUUAUGGCCCAAAAUUUCGGCAGCAUCUCCUGCCAUAAUCUAA